CAGAUUGCGCCCAGUCCAGGAGUCGGUCGCAGAAAGUGUCCAUAUCGCUGCGCCGCCACCGUACCUCCCCGCCGCCGACUCUGCAUCAUACGCAUCAUCUGCAUACCCCUCCUGACAUCAUUCUGUUCAUCUUCCAGUUUUCUCGCUAACGCUUAUCCCCGCGACAACGGCGCUACCUGACGGCCCCUGCGGCUCCGCGCAAAUAUUUCCCGGUCGCCCGCCGCGCUCACGAACGCGCACAAGUCGCCCGAGUCGCGCGAUUAAUUCGUCUUCUUUUUCUGGAAAAGGGCAUCUGGAUAUCAUGGCGCCAAACAGACAUCUCCCCGAACGACACAAUCCUCUUCUGCUUGAAGAUGUGCCGCCUCAUAGCGAACUCGUCGCCCGUCGGCGGCUCGGGCAGACACAGCUAACGGCACGCAUGGUCGCUGGGGUUCCCGCUGGAGACAUCCACCCGUCGGCGCUUGGCGCGUUCGAUUACGCGCAUCUGCGCGCUCCAUUACCAAAAGGAAUCGUGUCUGGCAUCUUCAAGUCGUCGCCGCCGAGCUACUUUUUGAUGCGUCGCAGCGAGGACGGAUACGUGUCCGCCACCGGCAUGUUCAAGGCCACAUUUCCCUACGCAACGCAGGAGGAGGAAGAAGCGGAGCGCAAGUACAUCAAGUCGCUCCCGUCCACGAGCCCCGAGGAGACAGCCGGGAACGUGUGGAUUCCUCCUGAGCAAGCCUUGAUCUUGGCCGAGGAGUACCAGAUCCUGCCUUGGAUCCGCGCGCUGCUCGAUCCCGCCGAUAUCGCGACAACUACCGGCGCGGACAGCGGUCCUCCCAAAAAGAUUACCGCGCCGCCCAAGUUCUUCUCCGGCCAACCCACGCUUGCCCCGCCCACGCCGAGCACCUCGCGCACCUCGCGCAGCCGCCGCUCUGCCAGCCCGGCCAAGUCGACUGCCAGCAAACGCGCGAUUGCCAGCCCGCGGAAGCGCCGCGGUGCCUCAUCGCAGCCGUCCGUUGUCACCGACAGCCUGCCGUCUAGCACCGGAGACUCGGUUUCGCCUACCCUUGUCAACGGGGAGACGCCGAACCAGUCGCAGCUCUCGACCGCGUCAACGUCCAAGGUGGCAAAGGUCGAGGAGGCUCCGGAAGCCGAGCUCAAGAUCGAGUCGAUUGAGAAGGAGCCCGCCGUUGUGCUCGAGCCCGUGGAGGAGGGGCCCAAGGUCAAAAUCCAUCUGGACCAAGAUGUCAAGGUAGACAAAGAGGGCGACGAGGUCAAGCACACCAAGGUCGAGCUCGAGGUUCCUCUCUUCGGCGAGCUCCCAUCGCCCGAGGACGCGGCCAAGAUGGUCGCUGACGCUAAGGCCAUGGUGGAAGCUGCAGUCAAGGCCGACAAUGAGGCCUCUGGUGCUUCGAGCAGCAAGGGGAAGCGGAAGGCUGAUGACAUCGCUCAAGAUGAGGACGGCGAGGGCAAGGAGGAGGGCGGCGCUGAGCCACCCAAGUCCAAGAAGGUCAAGACAGAAGCGGAGCUCCGCAAGGAGAAGAUUCGCAAGAGGGCCUACUUUGGCCUCACAGCCACGGUUGCCGUGGGCGCUAUUGGAGCGCUCGUCCCGAUACUCACACCUUACGUUAUGAACGCUCUAUAGCGAAGAUCUUGCGUCGUCUGAAGGCAAAAAAUACGCCAGAGGACCAAGAUUACUCUGUGGCAUUUGCCAGGCUCACCGCCCCGCUCACUGUCAAUUCAAUCAUGCUUUAGAGUUGUGGGAGAAGAGUACCGGACUGAUGGGUGGAAUGUUCCUGCGAUUUUCAAACAUGCGUCUUCAUAUUGUCACCCUUCUUUUUAUUUCUGCACAUACCCCCUGCAGCAAUGCCGCGUUCCAACAUACGGGAGGGAGAGAGCUCAGGGCCGGGCUAGGUAGCGGGACGCGAGACUCUCGUUAAGGAGAAACCCUCGGAUGUGGUCGAGGCCGAAACAGCCAACCUUGGGUCAUUUGCGGGCUUAAGUUUGGAAGGCGAUGGAGUGUUUGGAUGGAGAAGGGCGUUGAGGUGAUCAGAUACUCCCAGUAUCCCCUUGUAAUGAAUGGACAUGGAAUCUCCCAACUCCAAAUUUCCCGCCGUAGUUGUGCGUCGGUUACAUCAAUUAUCAGAGACAAGAAGCUAAGCUGGUUUUUUUUUGCG